GAAGAAGAAAGCACGCAGGCGCACACAGCCGGUCGUCUUCCGCUAAGCUAACCAAACAAGGAGAUGGCGAGCGCUCGCCCCAAAGUCGAGUCUUUUGUGUGGACCGACGACGAAGUGGAAUUACUUCUGCGAGUCACUUUGGAGUAUAAGAGCAACAAGUAUCAGGAGAAUGUGGACUGGGAGUCGUGUCCGUCCAAGUAUUCUGAUAUUAUGCUAGCUUUCCAGCAGCAGUACGUUACUGGGGACAUGGCCGCAGGGAAGGACUUCCCCCACGACCCCUGUAAUGUCAGCAAAUGCCAGAUUACGUCAAAACUGAAGGCUGUCCGGAACAAAUAUCGGCAUGCCGUUGUUUCUGGGCGCCGAAGAGGUCACGGACGGGUGGUGCUAAUAUUUUUUGAACUCUGCGAGGAAAUAUGGGGCCGGUCGCCAGCGAGCUGCGCCAUCCCAUCCGGUGUCGAAAGCGGGGAUAUACUGGAAGAUGAUUCCUCGACACCUUCUCCCGAUUCUCCGGCUUCCCUGGACUUCCCUCAGAGCAGCAUCAGAACCAGUCUUACUCCUGGCGUGGGCAGCCAUCGCAGACAUUUACUGCAGACGAAAGUCAACAACCACAGGAAGGACAGACUGAAGAGGAAGGCCCCCAUGGAGCCCGCUGUCCAAGAGGACCUUCUGCUGAAGAGGAGGAUGCUAGACCUCAUGGAGGAGUCGGAAAGGCGCAACAAUGAGAACAUGCGGCAGCUGAACUGUAACAUCGCUGCCAUCACAGACACCCUGAAGGACAGCUUGCAGCUGCUCAGAAGUAUGAUGCUGCAGGGCCCGCCUGCUGCCCCGACCUCGGCGCAGCCCCCCCACGUUGUAGAGGCAAAGCCGGAGGCUCCCCUGGUGAAAGAGGAGGCGCCAGACGCCCCCACGGUGAGAAAGAUGGGGAGGAGCCAGAGCCCCCCUGGCAUUAAAGAGGAAGAGGAGGAGGCCGACGUCUCUGCCUUCCGUUUGAUCCGUGUCCCCGUGAAGAGCGAGGAUCCGCAACUCUGACUGCCUGUUGCAAGGCCUGCGUGUGCACGUGAACAUGCACACGUGUGCCUAACCCUGGUGUCAUCCCAGCAUCCCAUCCACUGGGGGGGACUUCCCAUCACCAAUGGCGUGCUGGGUUGCACGCGAGGUUGCAGUGCGUCAACGUGCUUCAGUUCAACGUUUGCUGAAGCUGGAAUGAAGACCUCCACUUCAGCCUGACAAUCAUUGGAUGAUUUUAUUUGAUUGGUUUUAUACUAUUAUUCCUUUCUGGACAAAAAGUAUCAAUGAAACCUAAAGCGCACGUCCGUGCUCCAGUCUGACCAUUCCAAACCAAAACAGUCCAUACUGCAUCCCAAUAAACCAAAUUCAAUUCUUACCUGUGUCACCACGCCAAGCUACACUCGACACUGCACAUGCGUACAUGCGCACAUGCGUACAUGCGCCCAUGCGCACAUGCGCCCAUGCGUACAUGCGCCCAUGCGUACAUGCGCCCAUGCGUACAUGCGCCCAUGCGUACAUGCGCCCAUGCAUCCAUGCAUCCAUGCACCCUGCUGCUAAUGUAGCAAUAUCAGCCAGAAGAGUUUGGAGUUGGUGAAAUGCUAACAUCACCAACAUCAGAAUAUCUACUGUGAAUGAACACGUAAGGUCGGUAGAUCGCCUCAGGGAAUUCUGAAGCUUCUCGGCCAUUUUUUUUGUUUUUGUGAAUGAAGGACCAAACGUGUUUAACGAUGUAUAAAAAAACAGACAACCUUUACACACAGGCUUUACAGGCUCCGCAGUUGCUAUGACAACACUUGAGCUAAUUUAGCAUGCUGGCUGCUGGUGUACUGCGCAUGCGUUGGACGCCAUCUUGGCCUGUUGUCGGUAAUCUUGCAAGGAAAAGGUAACAGUUUUAACGGGUAGUUAACAGUUCUUACCGCGUUUGUUCCCACUUCCGUUGCUUUCAUGAAAAAUGUUAAUUACCGUCAGCCUUAUCUACUCUUAUCUACCCUUAUCUACCCUUAUCUACCCUUAUCUACUCUUAUCUACCCUUAUCUACUCUUAUCUACCCUUAUCUACUAGUCUACUCUAGUCCAGCCUAGUCUACUCCAGACUAGUCUACUCCAGUCCAGUCUACUCUCGAGUACAGUCUAGUCCAGUCCAAUCUAGUUAGGUCCAAUUUGGUCUACUCCAGUCCAGCUCCCUGGGUCUUUGUUGGUUACCUGUGUGUAAUAUACCUGGAUUACACCUGGUAUACACCUGGCUUUUGCCAGAGGGUUACAGAAUGUUUGGUGGUAUUUUACACAUGAGAAAAUGCAGCGUUCAUAUCACUGGCAUCUUUGUUUUGCCAUGGAGGAUGGAUCCGACUCCACCCACAAACACUAACCAGACAAUUCCAUCCAGCGGUGUCGUUUGGUUUUACAGUAUGUCCUUUUUCAAUGGUAUCGUCUAUGGCAGAUAUUUACACCUCACGUACUUCAUAGCGAGCACACAACCUCACCCUCCUGGCAAAGCUUUCAGCAUGGGCAAUCUGCAGAGACACACUGCAGGAAAUGACCUUUGACCUCACCCUACAAGGCCAAAGGUCACUUUAGUACAUUUCAUUUAAGCCUAUUUCAUUUCCCCUUCUUGCUCUCCCGCUACGAUAAGGAUAAGACUCUUACUAGAUGUACUAGAUUAGAUUAGUAUUCGAUAUACUGUACGUACAGUAUAUGAUACACAAUAGCAUUGGAUGGACAAUACGUCACAUAGAAUAGAAGAGCAGGGCCCCCAGCAAUAUCCAUCCUCCUCAAUUCCCCUUGGGGAGUCUCAGACCAUCCUACAUAGCUUGGUAGUCUCAGACCAUCCUACAUAGCUUGGUAGUCUCAGACCAUCCUACAUAGCUUGGUAGUCUCAGACCAUCUUACAUAGCUUGGUAGUCUCAGACCAUCCUACAUAGCUUGGUAGUCUCAGACCAUCCUACAUAGCUUGGUAGUCUCAGACCAUCUUACAUAGCUUGGUAGUCUCAGACCAUCUUACAUAGCUUGGUAGUCUCAGACCAUCUUACAUAGCUUGGUAGUCUCAGACCAUCUUACAUAGCUUGGUAGUCUCAGACCAUCCUACAUAGCUUGGUAGCCUCAGACCAUCCUACAUAGCUUGGUAGUCUCAGACCAUCCUACAUAGCUUGGUAGUCUCAGACCAUCUUACAUAGCUUGGUAGUCUCAGACCAUCUUACAUAGCCUUCGCUUCAACUAAACAUUUAAUACUGCAUUGUUAAUACUUCAUUAUUAACAGUUAAUACAGCGUUAUUAAUACUGCGUUAUUAAACAGUUAAUAUUCUUAUGGGCUACUUGUAAUUUCUGACUGGAUGGAUGACUUGGCCAAAGAUGUAUUUCUGUACUCUACUUGGAGGCACUGAUUGACUGAUAUGAUGCAAUGUAUGAUAUCAACACUCUAGUCACAUGUCACACACUAAUGAUGUUGAAAUUCACACUAAUAUUGUUCAAUGAAGUUAUGCUAAAUCUUUUCAUGGGCGUCUCUCUGCUGUCAAAUCUCUAACUGCCUGAUUGGCACAUGUCACUCGAUGACUGAAACAUCACUCAAAGCUGUUUUUUAUCCGACAGCAAGACUCAUCACACGGGAGAGAAACCAGGCUGCGAUAUGUACAAGUCAAGGGUGUAAUGACGCCUUCUCGCCUGCGGGUGGCAGUAGUGCUGGAGUGUGGUUGCCGCGUCUCAUCUGCCGGAAAUAGGAAACAAUGCGACGGCGACGCAUGAGUCACACCGUGGACCGUUAACUUUGUUUUAUGGCAUUGCGUUAACUCCAGUUGACUUAAGUCUGUUCGCAUGUCCGCCGUGUGACAGGCCGCUCUUUUAAACGUUUAUCCUUCGUGUCGGGAACCUUCUGUCCGUCAGCUUUGACGCUUCUGUGGCUAGCUUAGCUCUGUCUCUUAGCUAGCUUAGCUCUUAGUUCUGCCAGCUGCUAACAAAGACUGGCGAAAUUUAGCAACACGUCGCUAAGCAGAGAUCGAGCGUGAGUGUUUAGUGUCGGGAUCGUGUGAAAAUGUGUCAAGUCCAAAUGCUGAGAGCGUUGGUGAAUCAGCGACUAACUGCGGCUGUUGAAGAAAUAUUUGUAGUGUUGGAAAGAACCAUAGCAGAGUACGAGGAGGAACUUUCUCGAACAAAAGAGGAGAACGAGCGACAACGUCAACGUUUUGACGCUGCUUUCAGGAAGCAUCGAGUUGUGCGACACGGAGCAGACGCCAGCGAAGAGCAUCUUUGGCAGCGCCUCCACUGUAAAGAGGAAGAGGAGGAGCACAGCAUCAGUCAGGUGAUCGGUGCUCCUGUGAAGAGUGAAGAUGAUGAAGACGACGGUGAAGGUGAGGAGAAGAGAGAGGCGGAGCCUCCAAGCAGCAGCUCAACUCAACACAUAACAGAAGCUGAUGGAGACCACUGUGGAGGAUCACCAGCAGACAAGCUCUUAGCUCCACUAUCAGAUAGUGAGCACACGACGUCACACUCUCCUGACACUGAUGAUGAUGAUGAUGAAGACUCUACAGCUGAUAUGACAUGUCACCCUGACAACACACGCUUUAAAUGCCACCAGUGUGACAAGAGCUUCCACUACCGUCGUAGUCUGAAGAGACACAUGAGACUUCACACUGGAGAGAACCCCUCAGCUUGCUCAGUCUGUAAGAGAAGAUUCUCGUGGGGUUACUUGAAGAUUCAUAUGAGAAGACACACCGGGGAAAAACCUUUUACCUGUUCCAUCUGCCACAAAAGCUUUUGUCAAAGAUCAACAUUAAUAAGACACAUGAGAAUCCACACGGGAGAGAAAGUGUUGAGCUGCAGUGUGUGUGCUGAGAGGUUCUCCUACAAGUACCAGCUGAUGAAUCACAAGUGUGCCGCUGAGAACAACAGCAGUAAAUGAAGCCGCGCCACUUCAACUCGGCUGUCACAUAGAAUCGUUUGCAGCACAAUCUUGUUCAUGUUUCCUCCGUUUAAAUGUCAUGAAAAUAAAGAGCUGUCACACAC